AAUUUAAUUUAGUUCGUUGAGCUUGUCGGCCUAAUGUUGUACGUCGUCCUAUUUUUUUUUAUCCGUGCUUAAUCAUCUCCGUCAUCACUAUUUAAUUUAGUUUUUUGGUUAUUGCUAUAUUACUCUUUCGUACAUCACACGUUAAAAUCAUAAAUAAAGAAAGAAGACUCAGAAACGUUCGUGUGUUCGUCGUAUUGAUAUUUCGAAACAUCCAAAAUGCCGGCAAGCAACUUUGAUUUAUACAACAUGCAAGAUGCUAGAAAUAAUUUUGACGCCACUCGCCCUGCCCCGAUUUGUUCUGAUGCCAAUCAAUUUAUGGGCCAAUGUCCGAGUGUUCACAUAUCGACAAAUCGUUAUUACGGAUAUCAUGGGACGAAGAAUAAUGAAACUCAAGUAACAAGGGAUUGUGAAAUGGCGGAAGAACCACAUGUUAACACUUCAGCGGUGCAGCCGCUGAUUGCAAAGAAACGAAGUGCAGAAGAUGGUGAAUAUCCACGAAACAAACGUGUUCGCCAAGAGGGUAUGGUGCCACCGACUUCAAACUGCAAUCCAUGUUUACUACGUCCAACUCACAACAAUCCAGAUAUAUCUCGUUGUCUCAUGGUUCAUAUGAUCUAACCUCUGCUAUACUGAACAAUGGUCAUGUAUAAUUAAUUCAGCAAUGUCCAUUUUAUCUGCAGAAGUACAAAGAGAGAGAAAUAAACCUGAGAUAAACACAACAAAGGGAAUAACUACAGAUACAGAAGACAUUCUGGAAACACUAUAUUGGAAUAU